AUGGCUAAUGGAACUUUAGCACUAUUGAGCGUCUCUGAUAAAUCAGGACUGCUGCCUCUUGCAAAGUACCUCUCCGAAAUCGGUUUAACUCUGGUUGGCAGCGGCGGUACGGCGACAGCUCUCCGCAAUGCUGGUCUCAAAGUCCUUGAUGUGUCAGAUAUUACUGGGGCACCAGAAAUGCUUGGAGGAAGAGUUAAGUCCCUGCAUCCUGCUGUACAUGCCGGGAUUUUGUCCAGGUUGACAGAUUCUGAUCAAGCUGAUCUCAAACGCCAGAAGUACGAUAUGAUUAGUGUCGUCGUGUGCAAUCUCUAUCCAUUUGUUGAGACCGUUUCCAAGCCCAGUGUCACCAUUGCGGACGCGGUUGAGAAUAUUGACAUUGGUGGAGUAACCUUAUUACGGGCUGCUGCUAAAAAUCAUGAUAGAGUUACUGUUAUAUGCGAUCCUGCUGAUUAUGAUAAUGUUAUCAACGAGCUGAAGAAUAAUAAGGACCGCCAGACGUCUUUGGAGACACGGCAAAGAUUAGCUCUGAAGGCUUUUACUCACACUUCCCAAUAUGAUACAGCUAUAUCUGAUUACUUUCGGAAACAGUAUUCAGCAGGAGAGUCACAGUUGAGCUUGAGAUAUGGUAUGAAUCCACACCAAAAACCUGCACAAGUGUUCACAACUCGGGACAAGCUUCCAUUGACAACUUUGAAUGGUGCUCCUGGUUUUAUUAACCUCUGUGAUGCUCUUAAUGCCUGGCAAUUGGUGAGUGAACUCAAAGAAGCCUUAGGAUUGCCAGCAGCGACCAGUUUCAAGCACGUGUCGCCAGCUGGCGCCGCUGUUGGGAUGUCAUUAACUGAAGAAGAGGCGUCCGUGUGCAUGGUAAAUGAUUUGUUGCCUAAGCUCACGCCACUUGCUUGCGCAUACGCACGAGCGCGAGGUGCCGACCGAAUGAGUUCUUUCGGAGACUUUAUAGCAAUUUCAGAUAUCUGUGAUGAAAUCACUGCAAAGAUAAUAUCCCGAGAGGUGUCAGAUGGUAUCGUGGCUCCAGGGUAUACGCCCGAGGCUUUAUCUAUACUAAGCAAGAAGAAGGGUGGCAAUUACUGCGUUUUACAGAUGGAUCCAAGCUACACCCCAGAUGUAAUGGAACAGAAAACCAUCUUUGGCCUCACUCUGGAGCAAAGGCGGAACGACGCCAAAAUAACUUCAGAGUUAUUCAAGAACGUGGUCACUAAGACGAAGAACUUACCUCAAAACGCAGUAAGGGACCUCAUUGUUGCCACAAUAGCACUCAAGUACACACAGAGCAACUCAGUCUGUUAUGCAAGAGAUGGCCAGGUAAUCGGUAUCGGUGCUGGACAGCAAUCCCGUAUUCACUGCACUCGGUUGGCGGGGGGGAAAGCGUCACUUUGGUGGAUGCGGCGUCACCCACGCGUGCUAGCUAUGACAUUCAAAGCGGGCGUUACUCGAGCUGUACAAGCCAAUGCGAUCGACAACUAUGUUAGCGGAACCAUUGGAUCUGAUUUACCAUUUGACCAGUGGAACAGUCUAUUCGAUGGCGCCCCGCCUGCCUUAUUGACGGAUGCAGAAAGAGAAGAGUGGGUUAAGAAGAUGGAUAAAGUCGCUCUCGCAUCCGAUGCCUUCUUCCCCUUCAGAGACAAUAUAGAUAGAGCCGUGCAGGUCGGUGUGGAGUACAUCGGCAGUCCAUCGGGAUCUAACAAUGACAAGGAUGUGAUCGAAGCGUGCAAUGACCACAAUGUUACACUUGCACAUACAAGCCUUCGUCUGUUCCACCACUAA